AAAGAUGCACUACUUUUGAUUUGAAGACAGUCAGAGGAAGCAGAGAGUCUCACUGCUGCCACCCUGACAGAUCAGAGCUGUCAGAGUCAGUGGAGCAGCGACAGGCAGGGAAAUCCCUCAGACCCAGUAAGUCCAGUGUCUCCAGUCAGAACAGCAGCUUCGCUUUCUGGCUCGGCACUGAGAAGGCAGGUCGUGUACUCGGACUGAGAAACUCCCGAACACAGCAGGAGCACAGCUGUUGCAUUGAUUUGUGUUUUUAUUCAGAGGGACGCGAUGGCAGAUGUUAGUUUGAACGAGUCGUCCACCGCGGACGUAGCGAACAGGUUUGCGCGAAAAGGUGCUCUGAGGCAAAAGAACGUCCACGAAGUGAAGGACCAUAAAUUCAUAGCCAGGUUCUUCAAGCAGCCGACUUUCUGCAGCCACUGCACCGACUUCAUCUGGGGGUUUGGAAAGCAAGGAUUCCAGUGCCAAGUUUGCUGUUUUGUGGUCCACAAGAGGUGCCAUGAAUUUGUCACGUUCUCCUGCCCAGGGGCAGAUAAGGGACCCGACACAGACGAUCCCAGAACAAAGCACAAGUUCAAGAUCCACACCUAUGGGAGCCCCAUCUUCUGUGAUCACUGCGGCUCUCUGCUCUAUGGUCUCAUCCACCAGGGCAUGAAGUGUGACUCCUGCGAUAUGAAUGUUCAUAACCAGUGUGUUAUGAACGUGCCCAGCCUCUGUGGAAUGGAUCACACCGAAAAAAGAGGGCGUCUUUUCCUCAAAUGUGAGGUCAGCGGGGAUAAGCUGGAGGUCACAGUUGGUGAAGGAAAAAACCUCAUACCCAUGGACCCCAAUGGCCUGUCUGAUCCGUAUGUCAAACUCAAGCUCAUGCCAGAUCCUAAGAAUGAGACCAAGCAGAAGACGAAAACAAUCCGCUCCAACCUCAACCCUAAAUGGAACGAGACCUUUGCUUUCAAGCUGAAGCCUUCAGACAAAGAUCGCAGGCUGUCUGUAGAAGUGUGGGACUGGGAUCGAACCACCAGGAAUGACUUCAUGGGAGCCCUUUCCUUUGGCGUGUCGGAGCUCAUGAAGUCUCCUGUCUGUGGCUGGUACAAGUUAUUGUGUCCGGAGGAGGGAGAGUACUACAAUGUUCCCAUCUCAGUGGAGGAUGAUGGUAAUGAAGAAUUAAGGCAGAAAUUUGAGGACCAAGCGGAUGUGGAAGAGCCUGAUCAGAAAGCCAAGUUAGGCCCUGGAAAGAAGAUGAUCACAGAGACAGAUGAUAGCCGUUCCAGCAGCUUUCCUUCCAACAGUCUGGACCAGGUCAAACUCAGUGAUUUCACCUUUCUGGCUGUCCUGGGAAAAGGCAGCUUUGGCAAGGUUAUGCUAGCAGAGAUGAAGGCCACAGACGAGCUUUAUGCCAUUAAGAUCCUGAAGAAGGAUGUGGUGAUCCAGGAUGAUGAUGUUGAAUGUACAAUGGUAGAGAAGAGAGUCCUGGCCCAAGAGGACAAGCCACCCUUUCUCACGCAGCUCCACUCGUGCUUCCAGACUGUGGACCGCCUGUAUUUUGUCAUGGAGUAUGUGAAUGGUGGAGAUCUCAUGUACCAUAUCCAACAAGUGGGCAAGUUCAAGGAACCUCAAGCAGUAUUCUAUGCGGCAGAGAUUGCUGUUGGUCUUUUCUUCCUGCACCAUAAAGGAAUCAUUUACAGGGAUCUGAAAUUGGACAACGUGAUGCUGGACUCGGAGGGACACAUUAAGAUUGCUGAUUUCGGCAUGUGUAAAGAGAACAUGCCAGAGAGCGUCACCACACGGACCUUCUGUGGCACUCCGGACUACAUAGCUCCAGAGAUCAUUGCCUAUCAGCCAUAUGGACGGUCAGUAGACUGGUGGGCGUACGGAGUUCUGCUUUAUGAAAUGCUUGCAGGACAGCCUCCAUUUGAUGGUGAAGAUGAAGAUGAGCUGUUCCAGUCCAUCAUGGAGCACAAUGUUUCUUACCCAAAGUCCAUGUCAAAAGAAGCCGUCUCCAUCUGCAAAGGGCUGAUGACCAAACACCCUUCCAAACGUUUGGGCUGCGGGGUUGAAGGAGAAAGGGACAUCAGAGAACAUGCCUUCUUCAGACGGAUCGACUGGGAUCGCCUCGAGAACAAAGAGAUACAGCCACCCUUCAAGCCUAAAGUGUGUGGCAAAGGGGCCGAGAACUUCGACAAGUUUUUCACCCGCACCCAGCCCCAGCUUACACCACCCGACGAGCUGGUUAUAGCCAACAUUGACCAGGCAGAGUUUGCAGGGUUCUCUUACAUCAACCCUCAGUUUGUACACCCAUCACUCAUCAACAGUGUAUGAAAAGGAUAGUAGUAUCUCAGAUGAACCUCCCUGCUCACUGCCGCCUACCUAAACCAACAGUCAACAAAUCUGACUAGAGCCUCAAGUCCUACAAUUGAUCCUAAUGUGUUGGUGUUCUUCCUAAGCAGGAGUCUAGGGCAUGCAUAUUUACUUUGUAAAGUUUUUUUUUUUUGCCAGUACAGAUUGUGAAUUGAAUAGAUUAGAUUGGUUUUGCUCACCUAAGACAUAUGUUACUUUAGUAAUCAUGAGUAUGCACUGUAGGAGGAUGUGUCUUUGUAACUUGGAGGCAUUUAAUUCAGAAGGUGCCAGGCUAUUUUGAUCUAUGCCAGUAUAUGAUUUAGAGAGGAAAAUAUGUUUACAAAUCUCAGUGAAUAAAAAUGGUGUCAAUAGAUCUACAGUACCAUGCAAAAGAAGUCAAACCCCUUAAACGUUUUCAUAUUUCGUUACAUUAGAGCCACAAUCUUCAAUGUAAUUGUUUUGGAUUUUAUUAAAAGGUCCAACACAAACAGCCAAAGAAAAAAUAUGUGAUUUUGAAAUUUUGUUUUAUUGUCUUGUCAUGUCUUAGGUUUGUGGUUUUCCAAAACGCUUUCCAUUUUCAGAUCAAGGGUUGAUCAGCACUUUUACGAGAUAUUCAAAGAUUGGAAUAUUAUUUUAUAACCUAACCCUGCUAUAAACGUGUCUACAACUUUAUCCCUCAUCUUUCUGCUGUUUCUGCUGCUCUAUUGUCCCCUAAGAAAAAUCUGAGGCCCUUUACAGAACAGCUGUAUUUAAACUUAGAUUAAAUUACACACAGGUGUAUUCUUUUUACUGACUAGAUGAGUUCUGUAAGAAGUUGGUUGCACUGGAUUUGGGGGAUUUUUGGUUUUUAGAUUAAAUGGGCUGAACGCUAAUGCUUGUCACACUUGUCUAACACAUAAAAUCUAGGUGAAUUCCACUGAGGUUUGUGGUUUUAACAGAAAGCAAAUGUGCAAACUUUCCAGGGGUAUGCUUACUUUUGACAAUGCACUAUAGAUAAUGAUUGUUUAGAUAAUCAGAGCAUGCAUAUAUUAGGUCGUUAAGAUGCUAUAGCCAAAUAUGAAAGACAGGUGGUGCAGGCAUUGAAACAGCACUUUGUUAUUCAAUGUUUCCUGUAUCAUGUUUACAGUUUCCUGCUUGUUUUCUUUAAUGGUGUUGGUAUACCAUUCAGUUUCUUUUUCUUGUCAUCCCAAUCUCAGCUGAUAUAUAUCUGUAGCAAAUCAACAAAAAAAGAACAGAAUUGAUCUGUGCACUUAUGCAUCUUUAUGACAUUUAGGUAUGGAAGGUGUUAUUUCCAGUACAUAAAAUUUGUGUAUAUUUUUCCUUGCUGUUAUUAAACUAUAAUUCCUUUGUGAAUCAUCUUAAGGACAAAGAAAAUUUUAUUCAGUUUUAGGUAUUUACAAAUCUCUCAUAAAACCCAAAUACGUUUUGUAAUUUUUGAAUAAUAAUUAUUUUAAAAUUCCUUCUUCCAACAUGCAACUACUAAAAAUCUAAUUGGCCAUGAAAUAUCUUAAUCAAAGCUGAGGCCCCUUCUAACAUCUGAUGAUUUUGUGAAUGGACUAUGUAAUCUUGUACUCCAUACAGUUUCCUCUGAAAUGGUUUUGUUCAGAGUUGCUUUACUGUGAAAAAAAUCUCUUGAUUCAGUUGAAGGCAACAUAAUUAUUGAAAAAACUCAUUCUUGUUGUCCCUGUUUUCAGCUGUAACAAAUUUUACGUUUGUUUACCUUUUCUCCUUUUUAGCUUAGAUUAUUAUUUCAAUGUAACAAAAAAUCUGCGUGUAUUUCCUUUGUAAAUAAUUUUUAACCAUUUUAAAUAAGCAUAACAAGUUGCAUUUUUAAUACCAACACAUAUACAUAGAUUUCUGUUUACUACCUUAAUUGCUAAAGCCAAUAUGUGUUUGUAUGAGAGCUUAAUUAUAGAGAGAUUAACCCAGAUCAGUUGGAUUACUUUUACAGUGUGUUUCUAGCAGGUUGUGAAAAGUAUGUGUUGUACUAUUUUUUACAAUUUGUCAAAACUGUUUUGUUCCUUAGGUACUUCUCAUCAAUGUUGAUUGCUGGCUUGCUUGGCUUGGAUGCAUUUCUAGUUGUUUAAUCUCCUUUCAUGCGUGCAUGCAGUUUAACAGCAACAUUCAUGCAUGUGAUCCCAGUGAUGCAUGCUGCAAGGGAGAACCUCAAAAGAUUUACAACUUCAAACUGACACCCAGGUGCUCGUCCUUUUGUCCCUUUGCCAUUUCGUACUUUUGAAGUAUCUGUGUUUUGCAACCAGACUUCCUCGUAGACAAAAAGGAGCCCUCAGCUGUCUUUUGUGCAGACGUCAGUCCGUAUCAGCUUUUGUAUGUUUUAGACCCACUUGGCGAACCAAUGAUUUAAAAUUAAAAUUUCCAUAACCUACUCCUAGUCUAUAGUUAUUCUGGUUUCAUAAAGGGUCAUAAUCUGACAAAAUAGACAACUGUCAACUGGUGCAAAUAAGGAUCAGAACGUUAAUGGAAAUAGGCUGUAACUUAAAUUUUGAAAAAAUAAGGUAAAAUACAUUUGAGAUUUGGGCUUUCUGAUUCACUAUAUCCAGAGUUUAUCAAAACACUUAACAACCAAGAAAUGAAAAGUUGUACCUAGUGGUUAAAUAUAUGAGUACAAAAGGUUUUGUCUCUCAAUAUGAAAUGAAAGUAAAUUGCUGCAACAUUAUAGCACAUGAGUGCAAAAUGGGGGUACUAAUUGGCAAAGGCAUGAAAUGACUUGGACACACUUAAUAAACAUUAAAAAAAUAUAUUUACCCCUCUUGAUCUUAAAGGAAGUACUUGCAUUGAAUAAAAUAGGUUAGCAGUAGAUCUUUACUGUUUUUAGGGGGAAUAGGUGACUUUUUUCUGUAAUCGUCUGCAACUGCUUCUGUUUUGAGUUUCAUGUUUUCUCUGUCAGUAUGUUUGGUUUAUUUUAAACAAUACUAAAACUGUUUACCCACAUAUCUAUUGUAAACACAGUAAUUUAGCUCAAUAGUGUGAAGUAGAUUAUUACUGUAAAGAACUGUCUUGAUAGCGGAUCUCAAACCAGUCAAGCAUUCAGUGAGAGAGAUGUUUAGUUGCUCAAUUAAAUUAGAAAGCUAACUAAAUACAAUAAUUUUGCCAAAAUAUUGCCGUAAAUAAUACUGAUACUUAGAGACUGAUCAGUAUGAAAAGUAUUGUUUCUUACAGCUUUUAGAUUUAAGUAGAUGAUCAAUGGUGUAGGAGGUCAAGGGCUGAAAUGAUGAUGCUGGUUUUAGGUCUAGAGCUCUUUGCAGUACAACCUAUAUAUAUAUAUAUAUAUAUAUAUAUAUAUAUAUAUAUAUAUAUAUAUAUAUAUAUAUAUAUAUAUAUAUACACAUGCAUCAGUGAAUGGAAAAAGAGUUUAAGAUCUGUGUGUAGUUGUGACUUAGAAAGGCUGCUCAUAACCAGACUAUGGGUUCUCAAAUAUCUCACAAAUAGGGAUUUUAAAACAUCUGCUGUUUAGAUUUUAAUUUCAUCAAUUUAUUUAUCUUACUCACAAAGGGCAUAUCUGAUACUAAUAAAAACAUUUUACUUAUGUUUCCCUUGUUCUACAACCUUUUUGCAUGUGCCAAACAUAAUGAACCAGAACCAAACCUUGGACUGUAGAUGAGAUCACAUGGAUAAUGUUCAGCUUCUGAAUUGACCACAGAACAUAUAGUAGCAUGUUGCCAAUGGUAUGGGAAUGCAUGAAGUGUCAGUACAAAUAACACUUGCAGUCAGUUUGAAUGGUGGGUCCUCCUCUAUGCCUGGGCAGAAGCGUGUCAAAACAGCAGGAAGAUAAUCAGUUUGCAAAAUGUUACAAUAGGUUACGGUGAAAUAAGAUCAAAUAUUCAUUGUACAUACUGUUUCAGCCUAACUUGCACUCCUGUGUCCUGACUUAAUAGUCUAGCUUCAUCCCUUUAAUAUAAUGACUGUUGACUUGUGUUUUCAGUUUAAGUCGCAGACAUUGAGGACAUAACAAUAGCUGAUCCUCGUUCCUUGUGUGCCUUUCCCACCUUGUAAAGAUGCAACAAAUUUAGCAUGUUUUGUCCUUAUUGUACGUCUUUUAUUCAGUUUUACUCCAGUACUUUUUAUUUUCUUCUCAAAUAACUGUCAAGGUUGUUAAUUUACACUUUUUUAUUUACUUUACUCCAUGCUUCUCUUGUCGCUUCUUCCAACAAAUGUGAAUCUUUUUUCUACAAUUUAUAGAUUAUAAAAAUCUUAUUUUCUGUCAUUAAACUUUACAUUUUAAGAAAAAAAAACUGGAUUAAUCCUCAUAUGUCUGCUUGCAUUACCUUUACCUCCCUGUGCCUGCCACUGAAUUAAUAAUAUCACGAGUUAGUCAAUAACUUUCUCAGCUUUGUGAAAUGAUGGCAUAUUCGAAGGAGGAGUAGGCAAGUGAUGUACACUGUUAAAAGAUGUUUUCUGGUCUUUAUGUUGGUAUCAACCCCCGUGCCCUGUCUCAUUGAUCCACUCCUCCUCUCCAAGUUAAGCCAAUCCAUCAUUUUAUCAUUAGUUUUCUUCUCCAUGUAAUCCUAGAUCAGGAAAACAGUUGAUUUCCCUUGUGCAACUCACAACUGCAGACUGGUACCAGUUAUUAAAAAUUUUCUUUUUAUGCACAUUUUACCUUAUUUAGAUGUAUGUUUUAAAACAAAUUUAACAGAUUUUAAUUUACCAGAAAUAACAAAGGAAUACGUGUAAUGUUAUAAUCAUACAUGUAAGAUUUGAAAAAGGCUUUUGUUUUUCAGUCACUGCUUCUAAUCCCUUUUUGGUGAAUGUUGCGUACGGUUUUUAUGCAGUCCCAUGGGAGCUGCAGGGCACAGAAUCAGUGAUGUACAAGAAUGCCUUAUAUCUGAACCUACAAAGCAACAUUUCCACAAUUUCCUCUGUGUUAUUUUAUAAUUACUGCAUCCCUGUCCUUGUAUAUAAGUAAUUUAAAGCAGGUAUCCACAAAAGACUGUAAAAGAACGAACAUAUUGUAUUUUGCCAAUGAUGUAUGUUUUAUUUUCCAUUGUUAGCCUGAAACCUUUAAAAUACAUCUGAGCUACUUAACCUUGUAACUGAUUGUGUCAUUUGUACCUAAUGUAUGAUAAUGCAAAUAAACAAAAGGUAAAAUGAGGUCCAUA